UGUUUGAUACUGUCAUAUACAUAGUUUACUUUUGUUGUAUCGUGGCGGUAGUAGACAAAAAUAUAAAAUAUUUUUUUCUUGUUUGCUUGUUCUUCUUUACUACAAAAAACAAGUAGUAAUUGAGACAGAGUUUAAGAUUAUUACUAUCAAAUUUCUAAAAAAAAUCCAGUAACAAUGCAUAGCUUUGAAGAUGAAUGGCAAGAAAGUGAACCGGCAAAUGUACAACCUACGCCGAGAACAAAUUAUUCCGCUCGAGUGUAUCACGCGAGUACAAGCCGAGGAAACCGAGGCCAUAACAACGAAACCAAUUGGAGAUCUCGUGGCGAUGCCUCUGGCGGGGAUCAUCAACGAAAUCGAGACACCAGACGUGGUCAAGCCGGUUGGGAAGGUAACAAGAAAAUUAUCAAUGUUGUUUCUAACAAUGUUGGGCGUAUUAUUGGUAAAGGUGGAUCAAAAAUACGUGAUCUGCAAUUUGAAUCUCAGGCGAAAAUUAAAAUCGGUGAUUCUAGUGGUGCUGAAACUGCUAUUACUUUAAUAGGCACAGAUGAAGCGAUAUCUAAAGUUGAAGAUAUGAUAAAGGAACUGCUUGAAGAUAGAAGAGGUCCAGUAAAGGAAACUCUCAAUAACAGUGACAAUACUUCUGAAUUUUUCAAGCAAAAUGAUUCUGGUGUGCAGGUUAUUGAUUGGGAUAAACUGAAUGCUUUCUAUGAUGAACAACAACAAAGUAGAUGGCAAAAUUUGCCUCCUAUUAUUAAAAAUUUUUAUAAAGAGGAUCCUACUGUUACUAACAUGACACCUGCUGAAGUUACACGUUGGCGUCUUGCUAAUAAUGAUAUACAAGUAAAAAGAACUUUUGAUGAUAAACCAGAUUUGAGUCCUAUUCCUAAUCCAGUUGUUACAUUUGAGCAAGCUUUCAAACAAUAUCCAGAAAUUCUAGAUGAAAUAUAUAAGCAAGGUUUUCAAAACCCCUCUCCAAUUCAAAGUCAAGCUUGGCCUGUCCUCUUAAAGGGUGAAGAUUUAAUUGGUAUUGCUCAAACUGGUACUGGUAAAACAUUAGCUUUUUUGCUUCCUGCCCUCAUUCACAUUGAAGGACAAACCAUACCUAAAGAUAAACGUAAGGGCCCAACAGUAUUAAUAAUGGCACCUACCAGGGAGUUAGCUAUACAGAUUGAUAGAGAAGUUUCAAAGUAUACUUAUAAGGCUAUCAGGUCUGUUUGUCUGUAUGGUGGUGGAGACAGAAGAGAGCAAAUAAAAGCGUUAUCUAAGGGAGUAGAUAUAGUAAUUGCUACGCCAGGAAGGCUUAAUGAUCUUGUUGUAACUGGCUACUUGAAUGUAAUAAAUUUUUCUUACAUAGUAUUAGAUGAAGCUGAUAGAAUGUUGGACAUGGGUUUUGAACCACAAAUUAAGAAGUCUCUAUAUGAUGUCAGACCAGAUCGUCAGACAGUAAUGACAUCUGCCACAUGGCCUCCAGGAGUUCGGCGCCUUGCCCAAUCGUACAUGAAAGAUCCGAUCCAAGUAAAUGUUGGGUCCUUGGACCUUGCUGCUGUACACACUGUUACACAAAAAAUAAUGUUUGUAGAAGAAGAUGAUAAGGAAGCAGCUUUAAUAGAGUUCCUCAUUAACAUGGAUGAAAAUGAUAAAGUGAUUAUAUUUUGUGGCAAAAAAGCUACAGCCACUCAUAUCACUACUGAGCUUUGCCUCAAAGGUAUUGAAUGUCAGUCUCUGCAUGGGGACCGUGAUCAGAUUGAUCGUGAAGAGGCCCUCGCUGAAAUGGUAGAUGGUACUGUGAAUAUUCUGGUGGCUACGGAUGUAGCUUCCAGGGGUAUAGAUAUCAAAAAUCUCACACAUGUAAUAAAUUUAGAUUUCCCUCGUCACAUUGAAGAGUAUGUUCACAGGGUUGGUAGGACUGGACGUGCAGGGAAGACUGGGAUUGCCUUGUCCUUCAUAUCUAGGAAUGAUUGGGGCCAUGCAAGAGAGCUUAUAAAAAUUCUUGAAGAAGCAAAUCAAGAAAUACCUGAUGAAUUAGAGCUUAUGGCUAAGAGGUUUGAGGCUAUGAAACUAAGACGAGACCAGGAGGGGGGUGGAGGUCGCGGUCGUGGCGGAAGAGGCGGUCGCGGACGACGUGAUAGGUGGUAAAAUACCAUUUCUAAUAUUCGAAUACUAAAUUAAAUUUAGUAUUAUACUAAUACAUACAUAUAUGUAAUUGUGCAAGAUAUCCAGUAUCUGAUUAGGUUCUUAAAGGUCCACAUUCAUGUGGAAAGAAAUGUAUUUAUUCACUGUGAUAUGAUUUGAUUAUUACAAGGUGAUGCUAGUUUUGGAUAAUAAAUGUGACUUUUUGAAAAAUAAACUACCUAUUUAGUAAUAUGCAUGUAUUUUGUUUACAAUUAUUUUCAACCAUACAACAGUUAAAGCAUAACGAAGAAACAAUUUAAAAUAAUUACAUUUCAUAAUUUUUAUUGCUUAGCUUAAAAUGGAGAUUGAUAAAUUUCUAAGUAACGCUUAUAUUUAAUAUUGAAUAGGACAUAUUUUUUACCUAUAAUAAUAGCGCACUGAAAACAAUUUAAUAGUGCAUUACACUUAAGAGAUUUUCAUUAUUUUUUUUAAAUAAAUAGUUAAUUGUAUAGGACAAUUUAUUUAGGUAACAGAUUUCUUCACUACAUUAAUUAUCCAACCCUAUUGUUGUUGAAGGUACAUUAGUAAAUUGUCACAGAAACAACAACGAAAAAUAAAUAAUAUCAAUAUAAUUACUAAAGUCUAUACA